AUGGCACAGGAUAAAAAUAAUAAUGAAGCCAAUAAUAUCAACUCACUCACACCAAAUUUAUUUGAUAAUCAUAGCAGUCCAUUACAAGAAUUAGUUCUAGAUACCGACAUAACUCCUGUUAAUGGAAAAGUUUCUAAAUCUACUCAAAAAAGAAAUCGGAUUUCCUAUGUAUGUCAGUCAUGUAGAAAACUAAAAACUAAAUGCGAUAUGUUAAAACCACAAUGUACACAUUGUAAAGAACAAAAUUUGACCUGUAUUUAUGAUUUCACCAAACAAGCUGCCCCUAAACGGCCCAAUAAAGAUGCAAUUAUUGCAAGAUUAUCUAAACAAGUAGAUUAUUGGCAGAAUAGGGCUUUAAAACAGGAAAUAGUAUCUCGCUGUCCAAGUAAUGACCUUCACGCAAACAUCAAUAGCAACAAUUCUAAUAAUAGCAGAAUUAAUAUCCCAAUAACAAAUUCAGACUUUAUACCAUCAUAUAAUACACCACUUCGUAGCGAAGCCAAUAGCAAGAGUGCAUCUUUUGUUAUUCCUAAUUCUGCCCCUGAUAAUAAUAAUGAUACCAAGAAUAAUAAUACCAAGAAUAAUAAUACCAAGAAUAAUAAUACCAAUAAUAAUAACACCAAUAAUAAUAAUAAUAAUACUGCUUUUUUAAACAACCAAAAAAAUAUCGAAAAUAGCGAUAUUCAGAAUAAAAUUAAUUAUAAAAAAGAAGCGUUCAAACUAAAUCCAGAACAUAUUUUUAUUGAUUUUUAUCAGGGGUUCCCAAAAUUGGUCAUUAAAAAUGGGGUCAAACAGGAUUUAGAUGUGUUUUCUGAUUUGGCUUUGGUUAAAAAUGAUAUUUUUUUAUUAGUUUUCAUGUCUUCUAUAUUCGGGUUUUCCCAAAAAAGUGCAAUCUACAAAGCUGCUGCUCCAGAAAAUAUGCCAUUUAUACCCAGAUCCCAAACUUUUUUAAACAACUUUAAAACCAUCAGUCCACAUAUUUUUAACGGUGACAAAUUUAAAACACCUAAAGCACAAGAAUUUUUUGAAAGAAUUAUUACGGGUCCCUCAAAUCUGUCACACAUCCAUAGGGUUCAUUGGGGGCUACUAUCUUUUUUGGGUAAUUUCACAUUUGCAUAUUUAGAGGAUUUUUCGCUAACUGUUGACGAUUAUUCUGAAGUUUUAAAAACUACAUUAAAAUCUAUUAAUGCUUGUCUACCUCCAAAACAUAUCUUACACAUUCAUAAAAAACAUUUUUAUGAGAAUAUUUAUCCGAUAUUGGCCGCUGUUGAGGUCUCUAUGUUUGAAGAAUGUUUAGCAGAUGUAUUAUGUGAUGAUCCAAAGGAUCCCCAAAGAUACAUUUUGGAUAUCGGCACCACCAAUAUUAGAUAUAAAAUAGAAAAUCUAGCUUUGCUUUUGAUUUUGUUAAGAAUAUCCUAUAUGUCCAUGUCUACUACUCAAUACGUAGAAAAUUCAGACCUUGAUUACCAAGCAAUUUUGGAAGAACACGUUAUUUCUGCCAAUUUCAUUGAAGUUGCUUUCAAAUGCUUGUUAUCCUUAAAUAUAUUUCUUUGGACAACCGAAAACAUGAUUUGUUGUUUAAUCUACUUGUGGGCUUUAUUGGCCUUGUCACCGGAUGAGGGUGAUAUUUUUAACUCCAAGCCUACUGAUUUGGUCAUUAAUAUGGUUGCUACACAAGCUUUUGCAAUGGGCUUGCAUAGAGAACCAACUGAAUAUGAACAAUUCCAAAAGUUAACACCCUCUAUCGACCCUAGGUUGGUUAAUUAUAGAAGAAAAUUAUGGAUAUCAUUGUCAACAAUUUUACGCAUAGAAAAUUUGGUUAAGGGGAAAAUUAAAAUAAACGAUGAAGAUUAUAGAUACCCUUUCAAUUUCCAGGACUUUAUGAAUUCUGUCUUAAAGAGCAAUCUGCAAUUAUCCCCAUUAGAAAAAAGGAUGUACACCUUGAUGUAUAGAAGACUACAACUAAUUAGAUACAUCUCAGACUUAUUUAAACAUUGCAGAAGCAAGCAAGCUUGUUCAUUGUCCUCGGCGGAACAAAUGAUUUUGAAGAUUGAAAAUUUCUUAGAAAAGCAUUUUAGUCUAAUAGACUUGAAAAAGCCAACUUCCAACAGUCAUGAGACUUUGUACCCAACCAAUUUAAAACUAAGUACUACUCUAAUUGAAAAUCAAAUUUCCAUGGAUGCCAACUUAUUUUCAAAGGCACACACUUUGAUUAUAAAUUUUAACAUCUAUGUUGUAUUGCAAAAAGCUUGCAAGGAUCCAUCCAUAUGUCCACAAUAUAUGCCAUAUUUCCAGAAAUAUUUUAUUAUUUUGAUCCAUGAUGUUUGUGCCAGUUGCAAACUUUUAAAGGAUAUUUUUGAAGGUACUUAUACUUACGCUCUGCCCAGAUGCACUGGGUUAUCAUUGAACAGAGCUAUUAAUCUUUUAUUGACAAGAGUUCUUUUUAUCAUUUUGAGCUUAUUGAUUAGAUUUUCAUUUUCCAAGUACAUUUUAACAAGACGAUUAUCUUCAAGAGUAGACAUAAUUUUCAAUAGAAACGAAAUUGAAGAAAGAAUUGCAUUACUGGAAAAGAUAUCAGACAACACACUUAAAUUGUUGGAAACUUUAUGCAAAUAUUCUUCUAAUAGAUUUAGGUUUUUGUAUUUUCAAUCUUUCAAAACAUUAUUAUUUUUUGAUUUUAUUAUCAAAGCGAUCAAAAAUGGUGAAAUGUGUCAUAUUAUAUUAAGAAUAUUGAAUAAAAAUACACAAAGCGAAAAAUUAACCCCUUAUAUUAUUGAAGCUUUAAGGGUAGGUUUGGGCUUUAAUUGUGAAAAUAGCGAAGAUUAUAUGGAAGCUUUGGAACAAUCAGAUUUAUUAAGCACUGCUCCAUUAUAUUUGUUGGAAGAAUACGACAACAUUUUAAAUAUUAUGGGUGUUAUGGAGAACAACGCUAAAGAAGAGACCUGUAAUGAGAAUUACAAUAAGACCCACUUUACAUCUAACCCAGUUCAUUCACCUGAUGUUGCAAAUAACGAGCCAUUGUAUCACAUUCCAAGAAAAAAUUUUGAUGUACAAGAAAAUCAAUCACAGCCAAUCAGAAACAGUGAAAUACGUGUCCCAAAUGUAAAUAAUCCCAAAUUAAGCCAAGAACCACAAUCUGACUCCCAAGCUUUUAACAAUAGCAGAAGGAGAAAUAAUAGUGUUCCAUCCAACUUACGAUUUACCAAUAACAACAAAAGUUUUAAUGACCAGCAGAAUUCUAAAAACAAUUCCCAAAAUCAAUAUGAGCAUCCAUCCCCACAAAAUUUUCAAAGGGCAGAUCCUAAUUUUUUUGAUAUCGAUCAAUUGAACUUGUUUGAUUACGAUUUUCUAUUCAAGGAUAUCUAA